GUCCGUGGUCUGCAGGUCUGCCAAGCAUGUCCACCCAGGGCGGGAAGCUGGAGAUAGCAGGCACGGUGGUGGGCCAGUGGGCUGGCAUCAGACGGGGCCGAGGCAGAGGAGGCUUCCCCAUCCAGGUGGUGUCUGUCGGGGGAGCAAACAGAGGACGUCUGCGGGGUGUGAUCUCCACUCCUGUCAUCAGGACCUUCGGUCGAGGAGCCAAAUUCCCCCUCAGAGGCUUCAAGAGCCAGGGAACAUACCAGGUGGGACACGGGACAUACCAGGUGAGACAGGGGACAUACCAG